GUGUGAGACAAAAACACGCCUCAGGUGCAGGAGGGACGCUUUCGGACUGUAAUCACCACAGGAUCUUAAAACUGACGAGAAGCCUGGAGAGAGAUGUUCUAAAGAAUAUUUGAGCAGCUGCUGUUACCUGUUGGGUCUCCGGCAAAAAAUAGGAAGCGGCGCUCUUCACAAAAUAAAAGCUGACCAUUCUGAAGCACAUGCACAGCGGCUAAAAGACCGAGGCUGCACUUCUCAAAGGAGGAGUAACUUUUCUCCAAGUGGACCAAAGUGGCAGUGAAAAGAUGGGAACCACGAGAAUAAAAAAGCUUCCUUUGAACAGUGACACUGAGAGCAGGAGGAUGAUAGACGCAAGUUAGACCCCGAGAGAGAGAACUGAAGGACACAGAGGAAAACGGCGCAUCCUGGGUCACAGUUUCGUCCCGGACAUCAAAACUAAUUUGACUCAAGUGUUGAGCAUUAGAGUUGUUAUCCACGGUUGGAAUAUGAGUCCGUCUUCAGAGUGAAAAAGCCUUUCAUGUGGGGAGCCGUGACUAUCUGUGAGUUUGAAAAAGGAAUCUUCCCCCCAUUUCCUGCUCGCGCCCAUCAGUAACCCAGAGUUCUCACUUUUCACGGAUUAUUCAUCCACUCGGCGGGGGAGCUUAUUGCUGAAAAUGCCAGAGGCGAGUUCAUUCGUAGGUAACACGCCCUCUUAAACUGGAUUGCCUCCAAGCCAGCGGAUUUGGGAUUUGUCUACAACCGCCUCUGCUGUCUGCUGAUGACACAUGGCUUUGUAAAAGGAGCUUUGAGUCGGGCCUGUUAUUAACUCUCACACAUCAGCAUUGAGAUAUCACAAGAACCUGGGAGCCCACGAUGGAUACCUGCACGUGUAAACUUUUUGUGAGCUUGUCAAUGGCGCUUCUCCUGGGGCUGACCUCCCUGGGCGGACUGAACUCUCGGCCAUCGGGUCUGAUUUUGGCCCAGGUCUCCUCCAGCAACCAGACGACAGAGUCCUCUGUGGUGCCAGAGGCGGCCCUGGCGACGCCCACGCCAGACACGGAGGAGCAAACCACGCUGGGCGGCAGCAACCGCUGCUGGGGCUACUACGAUGUCAUGGGCCAGUGGGACCCGCCCUUCAACUGCAACGCGGGCAUCUACAUGUUCUGCUGCGGCUCCUGCUUCUACCGCUUCUGCUGCCAGUUCAAAGUCCACAGUCUGGACCAGACUUCCUGUUCCAACUAUGACACGCCGGUGUGGGCGAACACCGGGAAACCGGUGGCGCCUGUCACCGAGGUCCACGAGGAACCAGACCGCGAUCGGACCCACAUGAUCGUUUAUAUUAUCUGUGGAGUGGUGGCCAUCAUGGUGCUGGUGGGGAUUUUCACCAAGCUCGGGCUGGAGAAGAGUCAGGGAGGACAGACGGACAUGACCAACUCCAGGACUCUGACGGAGCUUCUCAAGCAGCCAGGAGAAGCAGGAGCGGUGGAUGGAACCGGUGUUCAUCAUCCUAUAGGGACGAACGGCAUCUCCGCCAGGGCACUCCGCUCCAACAAUGAUCAUAAUCAUCUGAACAAUGCAGCUUUAUCUCCCCUGGGUCCGGCCAUGGCUUUGUCUCACCCUCACAACAACCUGGGGAUUGGUUUCAACAAGUACACUUCUCUCAAGGCUGUGGAUACAACCGCAAGAGACUACUACAAGAGCUACCCAAUGAUAGAUUACACCCACCGCCAGUCUCCUCCCACGUUCCAGCCAAUCAACUUCCAUCCCAAGGACAAGCCCUUCCUCCCACCGCCUGACAUCCACGCGCCACUGGCCAUCACCAUCAACGCCUCCCAGAUCCCCAAGCCCAAGAUCUCCAAGACCAACACCCACCCGCUCACCUCCAGCUCAGCCUUCAAAGCAUGGGACCCCAGCAAGAGCCACAUCCAGCACCCGACCGCCACCCACAUGGGCCUGGGGGGCCAGCAGCACCAUCCAAUCCAGCAGCAGCAGCACCAGCCGCUGCACCAACAGAACAGCCGGCGCCAGGCGUACUCCAACAAGAGGCAGUUCAGCAUCGAGACGCUGCCCGAGCUCUUCUCCCAGCCGCUGGGCUACGGCCAUUCGCCGCACAUGCACCCCAAGCACAAGGGACUGGCCACGAACAGCAAGACGGAGGUCACGGUGUGAACACAGGGAUGAUAAUGAUGAUGAUGAUGAUCGU